UAAACCUUAAAUGGUUCCAAAUUACUUGUACCGCGUGCAUUAGUUCACGCUAAAUGAUGCAAAGGUUUAAAGUGAGUUUUAUCAAAGAAUGUUUUACAGCGUGCUCCGAAUAGCGCCACUUGUUUCACGAUUACCGUUAGUGUCGUGCCUUUUUGUUGAUAGCAGUGGUUUCCCACCUUUUCGCUUUGGCGCCAUUUUCAUUUACUUCUUUUGUCAACGAAGGUUAUCUGACCUGCAAGUGACCAGUGGACGGGCAGCCGGUCAAAUUUGUUGUCUUGACGAAUCUGUCAUUGGCUCUUUAAAUCGAAAAAUGUCGCAGGCGAAGAUAUCAUCAUUUUUUUCCCGGAAAAAAGACAUUGUCGGUAAUUCUAAGCAGGAGAUUUCAUCGAAGAAGGAAUUAGAAGAGGACGUAAUCAACAAUCGUGCCACCGGUGCUAAUAGUGAUUGUGAUUCGCCAGUGAAGCCUUUGAAGGAAAAACGAAAGAGUCGAAUAUUAGAUGACAGCAGCGAGGAUGAACCGAGUCCGUCGAAAAGGUCACCGAAUGAAAACAGAGCUCCUACAAAAGAAAGCAAGCUUGCGAAGAAUGUUGGCAGUAAAAAAUCGCCUGGCAAGAAGACCGGAGCUAAGCGUAGGCUAAGCCCAGGCUCAGUCGACGAAAAAAUGCCUGCCAGCAAACGAAUUUCAACAGUUGAUAAUAGUGAUGACAGCCACGGUGACAAGUGCGAGGGAAAACGAACAAGUCAAACCCAAGAUAGAGAAAAGGAUCAGGAAAAGGACACGAAGACUCCAAUUUUACCUAAAGCAAAAUCAGAGAAAGAUGACGUCAAAGAAGACAGCAACGAAAAAUCACCCAAGACCGUUAAAGAGAGACCCAAGAAAACGAUGGCGUUUGACAGUGGUGUUCGUGUUGAUGACUUAAGCCCAAAUGACUAUCGCCCAGACAAGGAGAAGUACGAUCCCGUUAAAGACGCCACUUGGAAAGAAGGAGAGAAAGUUCCUUACCUUGCGUUUUGUCAAACGCUUAACCGUAUUGAUGAAAAUUCAUCCCGUCUUAAAAUGAUAGAAAUUCUUCGCAAUUUCUUUUGGAGUUGCCUGGCUCUAUCGCCGAAUGAUUUAAUUUUUGGAGUAUAUCUGUGCCUGAAUAAAACAGCCCCAGAUUACGAGGGUCAGGAGCUAGGCAUAGGCGACUCCCUGUUGAUGAAAGCUAUAGCUGAGGUGACGGGAAGGACGUUGGACGCAAUCAAAAAAGAGGUCCACGUUAAGGGUGACCUGGGCAUGGUAGCAGAGUCAUCCAAAACGAAUCAGAAGAUGAUAUUUGCUCCACCCAAGUUACUUCUGUGUAAUGUUUUCGCUAAGUUAAAACAAAUUACACAAUUAAGUGGACAGAGCGUCCAAAGUAAGAAGGUCGACAUGAUUAAAAGCAUGUUUGUGGCUUGCCGCGGGUCUGAAUCUAAAUUUCUUAUCAGGUCGCUGACUGGAAAGCUCCGAAUAGGUCUCGCAGAGUCCAGCCUUCUUACAGCUUUGGCCCAUGCUAUCAUUCUGUACAAUCAACCUGAACUUGCGAAAACGUUGGGUACUGAGUCGACAAAGAAAGUCCUUGAGGAAGCUACACUGGCCUUAAAAACGGUAUAUUGUGAGUGUCCGAACUACGACAAAAUAGUUCAAGUGGUUCUGAAGGAUGGUUUCGAGGCUUUGCCGGAAAAAUGUAAGAUAACUCCGGGUGUGCCUAUGAAGCCCAUGUUGGCGCAUCCUACUAAGGGAGUGACAGAGGUUCUAAAGCGAUUCGAAAAUAUGAGUUUUACGUGUGAAUUUAAGUACGAUGGUGAGCGUGCGCAGAUCCAUAUGAUGGAGGGAGGAAAAGUGUCAAUAUUUUCCAGAAAUCAGGAAAACAAUACGACGAAGUAUCCCGAUAUCAUUCAGCGGAUUAUUAAGAAUAUAAAAGAAGGAGUCAUUGAUUUUAUCAUGGAUUCCGAGGCCGUGGCGUAUGAUCGUGAAAAGAAACAGAUCCUUCCUUUCCAAACACUGAUGCAUAGAAAGAAAAAGGAUGUUGAUCAUGGUGAAAUUAUCGUUCAGGUUUACGUGUUUGCUUUCGACUUACUGUACCUUAAUGGUAAAUCGCUUGUGAAGGAACCUUUCCGCGAGAGGAGACGUUUGUUAAGAGAGCAUUUCCACGAAGUCGAAGGCGAGUUUGGGUUUGCAGCCAACGCUGAUCUUGAAAACGUUGAUGAUAUUCAAGAAUAUCUAGAAGAAAGCGUUAAGGGCAACUGCGAGGGUUUGAUGGUAAAAACACUUGAUAAGGAAGCGACUUACGAGAUAGCAAAACGUUCCCACAACUGGCUUAAGCUAAAGAAGGAUUACCUAGAAGGUGUAGGAGAUACGAUCGACGUCGUUGUUAUCGGGGGUUGGAAGGGAAAAGGCAAGCGAACAGGAACGUAUGGGGGAUUCCUGCUGGCAUGUUAUGAUCCAGAGAGCGAGGAGUUCCAAUCGCUAUGCAAGAUCGGUACAGGCUUCAAAGAGGAGGAGCUAGAACAGCACACCAACUUCUUCAAGGAUUAUGUACUCGAAAAGCCUAAACCAUAUUACAAUGUGGACUCUUCGCUUCAGCCCGAUGAUUGGUUUGAUGCUGUGCAGGUAUGGGAAAUCAAGUGCGCUGACCUGUCGAUUUCUCCUCUACACAAAGCCGCUAUUGGAUUAGUAGAUCCAGAAAAAGGAAUUUCGCUUCGCUUUCCGCGUUUUGUCAGAAUUCGUGACGACAAAAAUCCUGAGGACGCAACACACGCGCAGCAAAUCGCUAGCAUGUACCGAAGUCAGGAACAGAUCAAAAACGCUGGGCCUUCAGGAACUAACGAUGAAGAAGAUUUCUACUAGAGUUAGAACUUCCAGGAUUUUGUAUACAGUGGUCGUAUUGGUGGUCAGACGUGGUAUUGCAGGUUGUUUAUUGGAUAAAAUAUGGAGUUGAUAGCAUAACAGUGCAUCGAAUUAAUUUGUGCUAACUACUGGCUCAAUGAGACAGUUUUUGGAAAUUAACAUUGUACACAUACUUUCUUGUAAUACAACUACUUACACAUGGUUAUUGGGUCUGCCGGUUUAACAGUAACUCUUUAAGCUCUUCGGGCUGAAUCGCACUGUCAGUGCCGUUUUUUAGGUUGUGCGAUCUCUGCACAUAUCUAUUUGUUAUAUGAUGCAUAUUUUAUGCAAUGACCAUUUGAAUUGAUAUGCGUAAGACCAUAACGACAGUCAUGCGUUUCAAGGUAAUGAAAUUUUCUAUCGAGUAAGCGAUACUGUUAUAAGCACCCUUAUUAUGGAGGAUCAGGAAUAAAGAGGAUUAUAUAUUUGCAAUGUAACUAAUAACAUGAAAAACGUAUAUAUUAUCAAAUAGUUUACCGCAAUUUUGGAAGAUAGUAUCUGACUCUACUAUGGAGAUGGGUAAGUGUGCUUAUACCGCUGUGAUUAGAAAUCGCACAGCUAUCAUUUACAUUUUAUUUUGCGCUUGUCGAGAGCAAAUUUGAAGUUGUAUGAUAAAUAAAUUAGCCUGAAAGCAGACUUCUAACAUAACCAAUAUUUUUAUGAGUAGUUAUGAUCAGGCAAAUACUUAUUUGAAGCAUACUGUUUAUUACAGUAAAUAAAAAAUAUGAGUUCAAAUACAAAAUAUCUAAAUAUGAAUAACACAAAGUACAAACACUGUUUUACUGGAUCACUUAUGCGUAUUAAGGCUUGAAAAGAUUUUUCGAAGCUACUUUUUUCGAUUCUUGUAGCAGGUUUUAAUCCAGAUAGAUCCACAAAAGACAUAUUCAAAGUUCUAUUACUAUUUGUUUCGCAGAGUGGCCCGGUAAACCCUCAAACUAGAAUUAAUCUGUUGUGAUAUCAGCUAACCUGUUAAAGACAUUUCUAUUAUACGUCAACGAGAUCUGUUUGCAAGGAAGUCAGUGCUUUGAAUGAUCUCAUUAGCCAAAUAACAAGUCAAGGCUGAACAAAGACUGAGAUAUCAAAUAAUAACACUGUAGUGUUGCUGUAACGCAAGUAUGCAUAGGAACAACUAAGGGAACAAUAGCACUUCAAAAACCAAACUACGGUAAUAUUGCCACAUUUUAUGAAAAGUGUGUUUCAGAUCCUGGUGCUGAUAUCCUUGUUUAUACUCUUGACAAAGACGAAUAGUAUUAUGGUCUUGCAUUUCGGUUGGAUUUGAUACAUUUGAAAAAAUUGAUUUGAUACUCAAGAAAAAAGAUACCACCAUACAUACUGACUAUGCGGCAUUGAGUUCAAAUACUUAUUGAAAUUCGAAAAUACUGUAUUACAUUUUUGAGGUACUUUGCGGAUUAACUGGAAGCUCAAUUGUGCUUUUUUGCUUCUAUUUAAAUUGUAACUGUAACAUGCGGGGGCUAGCUAAGCAUGUUUUAGGUUACCUAAUUAUUUGGGGAUAAAUGGCUUAAUUUCAAAGGUUUUUUUCAUUUUUUGCUACGCCUCUUUAUAAGUCCUGUUCGUUAGGGUGGCAAAUGGUUAUUGAAUACAAAUGUUAUUUCACUGCUGAUUCUAGUGUGCCUAAUAUAUUUCCCAUAUGGCGUCAGUAAUCUGAAAAGUUUCAUUUAGAGUAGAAUCGAAAUGAAAUUGUAACUGCUACGCAUCUGGCAGCAAAGAAAAUGCUUAUACAUAUCAUUCAUAGGGGCAACGAACAGUUAUCAAGCCAGAAUUAUGUUUCUUCGUCUGGUCACGUCUCCGUAUUAAUCAAUUAAUGGAAAUAAUACCUCUAUUUAAACAUGACUCCAUAAAGCUCUUUCACAGGCAGAAUUAAUAUAAUUAUAAUUUUAAGUCGUUUGUGCAGUCAAACCGGUAGACAUAGAUAUCAGUGCUGUUGGGAGGUGCCGCAGGUGAACACAUGUCAUCGAUGCAAAACAUCUUAUCAAAAAAUAACGUAUGAAAAUACAAUGCAGCUAUAUUAGUAUAUAUUAAAAAAAUAUUAAUGCAAUAUAAAUAUAGGUAUAAAUAUAAGUAAACUAUAGUACAGUGAGAUUGAUUCAAGGAAUAUAAUAGUCGAUCUUUGGAACGAUUCCUUUUAUAUAUAUAUUAAAGUUACCUCGACAAGAUUAAACAGCUCAUAUCUUUGACAAAGUAACAUGGCUUUCACGAGUUCAUACCUAUUGUCCUUACCGUGUUCAAUGCUUGAAUUACUGCAACGCACGUAUUACUCGAAAUACGUCGUUCAUUAUAUCGUUCACGCUGGUAUAUCUGAUGAAAAUCAGAAUCAGUGGGGGGGUGCAAAUUCGGCUCAACAACAAUGACGAUGAUGUCAUCACGUCUUGUUUAUAAUCUUCGUGACUAAAUAAUCGGCACGGUACAAUUUGUGUUUCACGUAAUAACAACGUACGCAGUGACCCCGCUAGCGGAAAAAAGCAGCUAGUGCUGAUACCUGGAACACGGCAUAGCGAGACAGCGAGGGACGGUGUAACUAAAUACAUUCGCAGUGUGAAGGCUACAGACUGAGAUAUUUUGGGUCUACUUCGCUGUUAAAAACAGUCACAUAGGGCGUCGCCGUCAAAUAUUUAUGCAAGGCGAAGGCAAACCCGAUCAAGUUCAUGCUAGAGCCGAAGUGAAGUCCGAAGUUGCGUUAUCGUAAAAGUUGAGUCCGUUAAAACUAGCGAAUCAACACGACGAUGGACGCUGUCAUAGCUACCAGCGCUGCGACAAAACCAGCAGUGGUAAGAGCUUAUAGGAGUGGGCCGUAUCAUAGGCCUUGUAUAGAACGCACUGUGGAUAAUGACACGGCUUGAACCUGAAUUAAAUUUCGCUGUUGUUGGGGACGUGAAAGCCGGUGCACACUGUAAAUCUUACGGACAUACGGACAGUGGGCUCACAUAUAUCCCUAGCUAUAAGAUACAGUUCAGGCUCGGAUGAGAUUAUUUUGCAUGAAACACUUUUAGGCUGUUUCUGACACUCAGCAAUAGAAGCUUUGGUUUUGAUUUGAUUUGAUUUUGAGGUAUCGCUUGUAUAUGGCUCGCUCAGAAUAUUAUAUAAGCCUCUGUUAAAAGAUGUCUAUGUCAUUUUGUAGCGGAAAGGUUCUCAUGCAAGUUUCAAAUUAUUAAUUACUUGCGUAGGUUCUUAUAUUUUAAAAGUCCUCUUAAGUUAUUUAUGCUUUCAGCGGCCCACAAAUGGCAGUCAUUAUGUGCAGGACUGAAUUUCGGGCGUGAUCCUUUAUUUUUCAUAUAAAGGCGUUUAUCUUUGGCAUAGAGGCAUAAAAAAUCACAGAAAAGCUACUUUUGAACGUCACCAACAAUGUUUGGAGCAUUUGAGUGACCGCUCUAUGAAAAGACGUCAUUACUUUUUUAGAAUGAGGUUGUCAUUCAUAAGCAUUUCUAGUAUUUUUUAUAAAUUGUUGUGAACCAAAAAGGGAUAACUUAGAAACUCUUGCCGUGCCCAACAAUCUCUCCAAAUCCAAGUGUAAUAAUUACCCAGCUGUUUUGAAAGAAGGCCUUAUUACUUUUUGGAUGAUACAUAACCUCCUAGCUUCAGGAAAGUCAAAAUGUUUUCUUCGUGACGAGAACAAGAACUGGUUUAUUUGUCGAGAAUUGCGGGUUCUACAAGCAAAAAAAACACAAUAAGCAAAUGCGUUUGACUAAGUACUCACACACUUUGUCCUUAAAAUGAGCAGUCAAAUAUGAUUAAACUAAUCUGGAGAUACGCAAAAUACCAAAAUAUAUCACUUCCAAGAAAGGCUCGCAACCGCGACGUACUCAUUUAGCCAAGAGUAUGGGAUUAAGAAAUACGUAGCGAGGCUGAAAUCUCAUGUGGUAAUUUGGCCGAGCAAGUUACUUACCGAGAAAUUUGAGAGCCUUGAUUUUGACUCACGACGUACAAGACGUAUACGAUUUGUAUGGAAUGAAAGAAACUUGAACGAAAUAACGUUUCUAAAAUUUAGACUUUAUCCGGUAUAAACAAAUUUGAUUAUAGAUUGAUUGUGCUUGGCGUAACCGCCGGUUGAUUUGCAUAUACGUUGCGGCCAAAUUUUACACCAGUUGUAUUCAGAUUAUACGAACAGUAAUCAAACUUUUGUUAGAGUUUAAUUUUCUUUUUCCGUUAAAGCCCUAAGGCAUGAAUGAAAUAUAUAAGAGAUAUAAACACAGGUAUUUUUUUAGAACGCAGGCACAUUCCAAAUUCGUUCAUUAUUACCGCUCAGAAAAAGAAAUUUGGAGUGCAUCUAGCUCCUUGACUUCUUUAACAAGCAGAAGUUAUUUUAGGUAUCACAAGAUAUGAUUAUGUCGUCAAUGGCUCAAGUUGGGGGGAAGAAAACUAAUAGUUUAUUGUGCAUGCUGUCAAUGUAUGAAAAAGAUAAGUUCGACGACAUUAACUCCUUUAAAAAUUCACCACUGCUAUGAAGAAGAAUUAAUAGUAAAAAAAAACUCAAUCAGUGUGAAUAUGUUUAGAUGAUAAUGUAACUACAUGUGUAACAUCAUCAAUGAAUGCACAUUUAUUUACGCGGUAUUAGCAGUAAAAUAUGAAAAUAAAGUAACCGAUCAAAGUAAAAGAUAAGGAUAAAGACUGUAGUUCUUUAUAUAAACUUUGUUCUCCUUCGGCCUAGAAUCGAAAUCAAAUUUAACACACGAAAUGCAUUAAUCAUUUUCCACUGCUUUUGCAACACGUUACCCUUAAUCGCUUAAUGGUUUGAUUUUAUCAUGCUCAUUUAUCAAGUAAUGUUAUGGAUGCAUUAAAGAAAACCUAGUUUAAUCCUUAGGUAUUUUUCCGUUUUAUUUUGCAAUUUACUAAUAGAUAUAGACCGCAAACACUUAGAUUUUCACAUCGCAAAUGUCUCUAAUGCGCCGCUUUCAGCUAGAAUAAUGUAAGCCAUUUGUCUCUUGAUGAUGUAUCCUCCUUUCCCGCCUUCGGAGUUAGGCCGUAGAAUUUUGGAUUAUUAACUGUGCAAUUUACCUAGCGUGAUGCCUUAUUACAGCCCUAUAGAUUUUUGAGUGUGUAUGUGUAUCUGUUUAUGUGAAACGCUACACUGUAGAAAAAUGGCGGGUCACAGUGAAAUUGAAUAUCUGUUACAAGAGGUGUCAGCUAGCUAUUCAAAUGGCAGUAACAGCUGCGAUAACGGCGCUAGAAGCAAUAAGGCCGAUACAAACUAAUCGUCUAAGCUGUCUAGGCAAAUUUAGGCGGCAACCGCUGUAUAUCCAUGGUGAUUCCAAGCAAGCACCGGCCUGCGUCGCGCCAGCGGUCUCACAAGUAUACAUUCAUGUACACUUUUUAAAGCGACUCCAUCCCAGCAAAGUCUGCAUACCCGGCGACCCGUUGAGACUGGCACCACACACGCCCCAGUAAUUUCAUGUGUCUCAAACAUUGCUUUCCUGCCUCUGAUCCUGGUGCCAUUGGCAUUUCAUGUGCGGCGAACGAUCUGUAGCCAUACACCCUUCGUCGUUCAUAUCGUGUGCUAAUUAACAUAGAUACCGCCUAAAAUUUGAACACUUGUAUUAUGAUAUACAAUAUUUAUGCUGCAGAGAAUGUACAUAAUGAGUUCACGAUUGACGACUAUAUAACAAAAUAAAUGUUGGUAAUGUUAGCGUAUAUAUGUGUAGAUGUAGUUACGGUAGCGUAAGACCACAGGUCGUUUUGGGUUUGUUUCCCCCUCCCCUCUCCCCCCAAUUACCUACUCGCUGCAAUUUCAGAGGCAUUCCGUCGAAACCAAAUCUCUCGAACCAUAUUAUACUUACCUCAUGUAUAAACGCCCAUAUGACCAUAUAUAGUCUGACGAGGUCUCAUUGGUGAGGAGACGAGUGUCAAAAUGAAUUACUAGUGUAUUUAGAGGAGCAGUCUUCUAUAAUAUUUGUAAUAUGUUAUUCGUAUCGAGACUGUUAUUCUGUGGUGGCUUUUGUCAAGUCGCGUUGUCGUUUAAGUUUAUAAGUUUAACGAGAGAAUUUACUAGAAUUGUAUGGGAGUUACUUCGAGUGGUAAAGAACACAACCGUAUAGACGUGAAUCGGUAUAUUUACUAUAAUGUAUUAAAACUCCAUGUAAAAAGUUUCAAUAGUAAGAAAUAUUGGGGUGUUUUGUAAAAGCAAGUCUAAAAGUGCUUCAAAUUGGAAUGAUGCAAUAGUGAUUAUUAUUGGCCCAGGUUAUGAUUUACGGGGCGUUUGUGCUGUGCUCAUUUUGACAUACUUUUGAUAAGCUCUGCAUUGUGUGCGGACUGUAUGAAGAGGAAUAUCAAUCGCAGAACUUAUGAUAUGUCGAAAUUGUUUACAUCGUAUAGCGCUGAAGCAUUUUUCACUUUCCGAAAAUCACAGAGCCGUUACCCUUAGGUAAAUAAAAGGCGUUAUUUUUAAAAGCAUUUAUAAUUCGAUGUUAUGACAUGCAAGUAUCACGUCUUUAACUCUGUACAAUUAUCAUUUGUAAAUUUAGAAUGCAAAGAUUUCAUACGAAUGUGUAUUGUAUACAACAUAAAUACCACUAAUUAUAUGUAAUAAAUUGUAUUGAGAUUCACUGUUGAUGAACAGAAAAGGCAUAACUAUAUUUUACAAAACAGGUUCUUCAGACGAAAGUAGUACUCACUGCAGUUGA